AUGAAACACUUGCUCUACUUUCUAGCCCUACUAAGGGCAAGUGUUUCCGACGAAAUAGCCCGUCAAGAGCUGACCACAAGCACGAAUUUAUUCAGCGAAGACCUUUACAAAACAAUAGCCAAAACCAGUGCGAAAACGUUCCUAGCCAGCCCUUUAUCCACCGAAAUAGCCCUAGCUCUGGCCCAAACUGGUUGCAAAGGCGAAACGGGCGAAGAAAUCCGCUCUUCCCUCUUCCUGCCAACCAGCCAGAGUGACAUUGAGAGCGGUUUUAGCACACUUUUGACCAACUAUUUGACCGGAAACGGCUUUUACACACUUCACACAUUGAACAAAAUCUACGUCCGGCGGAAUUUCCAAGUGAAAGAGAAUUUCAAACGCGUCGUAAAGCAAGUUUUCCGGAGCGAAAGCCAACGAAUUGAUUUCACAAAGCGGGCCAAAGCGGCCCAAAGCAUGAACAAAUGGGCCGAAAAAAACAGCAGGAAUCGGAUACGCAAUAUUGCGGUCCCUAAUUCGUUAACCGCAAGGACACGGAUGGUUUUCCUGAACGGUUUGUACUUCAGGGCGAAUUGGUCCAAACCGUUCCAAUUGUCCUUAACACGGAAGGACGUUUUUCAUGUUAAUAGCACCACGAGCGUCCCCGUUGAUAUGAUGCGCCAAAACGGGGCCCAACUUUACAACGUGUUUGAAAAUCCGGCCCUGGACGCCCAGUUCCUCGAGCUGCCGUUGCGGGGAGAUGAAGCCUCGAUGGUUUUGGUUUUACCGAAUUCGCCAAACGGUUUGGCCAUCCUUGAGUCGCAAAUUGGGAAGGUUUUGGAACCGUUUGAAAGCAAUCUUGAUUAUGUUAACCUGGCGGUGCCGAAAUUUCGAAUCGACACUCGAAUUAAUUUGAAAUUUGUUUUGAAAAACUUGGGUGUGAAUAAAGCGUUCGAUUUGUCUCAAGCUGACUGUAGUGGGAUUGGAGGAAAGAAGGGUGAUUUGGCGAUUAGUGAAAUUUUCCAAAAGAGUUUCAUUGAUGUUGGCGAGGGUGGGGUUGAGGCAAGUGCUGGGACAGACGAUGAUGAAACUCUUGUGAUAAAUACAACGCCAAAUUUUCGGAAUUUUAAGGAUUUUGUAGCCGACCAUCCAUUCCUGUUUUAUGUCAAAAUUAAGAAAAUUAUCGCGUUUGUGGGCCGAGUCCUUGACCCCACUGUGUAACCAAUCCAAAAAUAAAACAAAACUGUUGAA